CUCACUCUUCCUGCCCUCCGAGGAAAGAUCAGCUCAACUCCAGCAAUGCAGAACCAGGGGUCUCAAAGAACGAUCCUAACAACCUCUCCUCCGAGGACAGUGACCUUCUCCAGGAUAACUACAUUUAGUGCUUCCCAUAGGCUGGCCUGGUAACUUGCUUCCAAUGAUUUGGUGGUUUCUGACAGGGGAUACAUCUGGGAUGCACAGCUGUUGGCCGGAGGAUUGGUACCCAGUGGCUGAAAAAAUGGGACUUUGGGGGAUUUUAAAACUUUUGAAAACUGCAGGUUGAUGCUUUUAAUAUCUAAUGCAUCUAGGAAAUAGAAAUGCUUUCCCCACAUUCACUGCUGUGGCACAGUCAUAGGUAAAGUGCUAUGUUGGAAAUCUUGCUAUUCUUGUUGCUGCGCUGCACCAUUAAUGGAAGUGCACUUUGCAGCGUAGCAUAAGCCAAAGAGAGAGGGGAGCUCUCUGCCCCAAGGAAUUUACCAUCUAGGCUGAAAAAGUGUGGGAGUCAAGCAACAGGGUAAGAGAAGAAAACUGGAAGAAGGGAGGAAUGAAAGAGGCAUGGGUAACAAGGCAAGGGUUGGGGUGAGAGACUGUAAACUGCUGGUUUUUGGUGUUGCUCAGAAACAUUUCCAUUUCUUAAAUGUACCUUGCACUAGCCUCUUUCCUCCAGCUUGUGAAAUUAAAUCUUUGGAACAUAAUAAUUCGUGCACAAAGUUUCACCCAAUGCUCACACAAUUGCUGGAGCAUAGAGAUGAAUGCAGCCCCUUCUGUGCAGAAUGUGUGUACAGUAAUGAGUCUGAGUCCAUCUGUGCAGCCUUGGAUGUUGGAUGUUAGGAAAGCUACCCAUAAGUCACCUGUGCCUGUCCAGUGCUCACUUGGGAAAGCAAGCAUAUGCAAAGCAAGUUGAUGGUGUAUUAAAAAGCCGGGGGCGGGGGGGGGGGGAGCUGGCUGGGAAUGUGUGAAAGCAAAGAGAGGUGUGAGCCUUGUUAGUGGCUGGGAUUGGGUUUGCACUAUCUUAACACUGGAGCACUAAUGCUCAGCAUCUUGAAUUCACUGAAGAAAUGGGAGGGUUUGAUGGAAUGGGACCAGAGGGGAGGGAAUCUUUCAGCUAGAAAUGUAAAUUCCCAGAGGUACGAAGAACCAGUCACUUCCAAAUUAUGUGCCACUGAAAGGUCAUUCUGGUGAAUACCAGGCUCCUUAAAGGCUUGUUAUGAGAGAGAAGCACAGCUGUCCUGUUGGGUGCUAGUGCCAAGUGAGGGAAUGCUGCUUUUGUGCACCCCUUGUUUGAGUGGGACCCAUCCGGAACAACAGAUGCAAAAAAUAAACCAGAAAUAGGACUAGCAGCUUGGGUUGCACAGUGUCAGCUGGCUCCCAGGCUUGCUGCUUGCUCACCAGUGACACAUUAUUUUUCUUUCUAGCAAGAUGCUGAGCGACGCAGAGAAUAUGAAGCUGUUUGGGCCGUGCAGUCAGAUGCAUGGACACAAUUAUAAAGGUGAGGUGGUCUGAAUAACUUUGUGGGUGAUCCUGCUUAUUUUUAACACCACCACGGGGUAGAGGGUAGAGCAGCUGUUGAAAAUUUAUUUGGGGGUUUCCACCUGAAUUUUCUCUUGACAAUUCAAGCCUCCCGGUAGUCCUGCAAUUCUCUCCAUCUGUUGUGCAGAUACAUAGUGGAACAGCAGAGGCUGGAUAUAUUUGUCUGUUACAUGGCUUGAAUACAUAGUCAAUCCCCAUAAGGUUCCUCAUGCCAGUAAAUGGCCAGGGAUAGAAUCACAGAGCCUAGGAUUUGAAUAAGAGUAGAGAACCUCCAAAUCGAAUGGCGGGAGCCUAAACACAGCUGAGAGGUGGUGGAACAAGAGGUUGAGUGCUUUGGAAUCACUCUUGGAAGGUGAAUCAGGGGUGAACAAUGGGGCCAGGUGGACUAAAAUGGAAAUAGCACCAGGUGACAGUGCAUUAAGAUGUGUUUGCAAAGUUGAGUUGGAAUAAGUCAGGAUCAAGGUAACCAGGAGGAACUUGGUAAGAUGGAGAAUUUUCAGAGUUAAUUAAUAGCCUGGAAGCAAAACGGACGUCUGUUGUUUCAACCACCAUUGCAUCCAUUCACCAUUCAAGGGAUGUAUGUGUUAGCUGCUGUAUCAGCUUAAUUUUCUUUGUUCAGCUUUGUGCAAGUUCACAUUUUGACAGGUUUGCCUUGAGAUUCCAACACUGUCCCCAUUCCAGAACAAGCAAUAAAGGAGGAUCUGCAGACAUUGCUGGUCUUGGAGAGUUAAUUGUUUUCUUCUUCUCUUCUAGUUGUGGUAACUGUCCAUGGAAAAGUAAGUAAAACCAUGGGUGGCGUAGGGAAGAAACCAUGAGUAGCUAGGUGUGACUGGCAGACUCAAGAGGUGUUUUGGCUCAUUUGUUCUUCCAUGAACAUCAUUCAUUCCACUACAACCUGCUCAUCACUGAAUUAUCAUGAAAAAUGGAGAAUGCCAAAAUUAUAUUUGACCAACAGGCUGGUAUUAUUCUACAGUACACGUGAUGAGAGCUUAACUUACCAUCUUCCAGAAAGUCUUCAUUAUGUGGUUUGAAGGAAAGCACAUAAGCUUAUAGGGAUGUGAGUGGCGCUGUGGUCUAAACCAUAGAGCCUAGGGCUUGCUGAUCAGAAGGUCGGCGGUUCUUAUCCCUGUGAUGGGGUGAGCUCCCAUUGCUUGGUCCCUGCUCCUGCCAACCUAGCAGUUCGAAAGCACAUCAAAGUGCAAGUAGAUAAAUAGGUACCACUCUGGCAGGAAGGUAAACGUGUGCUGCUCUGGUUUCGCCAGAAGCAGCUUAGUCACGCUGGCCACAUGACCCGGAAGCUGUACAACAGCUCCCUUGGCCAGUAAAGCGAGAUGAGCGCCGCAACCCCAGAAUCGUCUGCAACUGGACCUAACAGUCAGGGGUCCCUUUACCUUUACAUAUGCUUAUGCACACAGAGACAAUAUUCAUAUUUACGUUUGCAUGAAGACAAUGUAAUGCACAUUUAAAAAGGCAACCCUAGAAAUAAUUAUUGUCAUGAAAUAUAAUUACUAAGAGUAUUAAAGGCUUGUGAUUCAGGAGCCGUGAAUGUGCAUAAUCCUAACAUUAAAUUGACAGAACAUUGGAGGGGAAAGGCAUUAGGGUUCUGCUGUUGGUUAGUUGGCUUGUGUUAAGGGUUAUAUUUAUGAUAUUGUGAGCUGCUAAGUUGCCUAGAACAUCUGUCUAGUUGGUGGGUUGCAGCCUCACCUAAUGCGGAUUGCAGCAGCAACACCUACAACCAUACAAAUAUAUGGUAUAAAAAAAUGUGGGCUUCCAAAUGCACGUUUGGGCUAAUGAUGGAUCCCUGGUCUGAAAAUGCUAACGUCUACUGAACUAGUCUGCUGGCGUGCUCUGGUCCAUGGGGUCACAAAGAGUCGGACACAACUAAAUGACUAAACUACUACUACUACAACAACAACAGAGCUAGAGGCUUUUUUCGCAUAGACACCAUGUAUAUCUAAAUUUAUUAUUUUGAUUAACCACCAAGAAGUUCUCCUACGUGAUCCAGACUGAAUAGGCAGCUCCCAAUUCAUUUUGGAGCUUGCAAGGUCGAUUGUACCCAAUGGACCUUUUUUCCACCCCACUAUUAGCUAUUAUAUUGCUAACCUGUAACCGUAAGAGCCAAGUCUCUAACUCUUGGCUGGUGUUGCCACAUUAGUCCAUUGCUGCAGCUUUGGUGACACCUCAACGGCAAGCAGCUUUAUUGUGGCAUAAGCUUCCACCUGCAAAGCCCACAUCGUCCGAUCAUAGAGAUUGUGGACCAUGCUUUAAAAAAAUGUUGAAGGUUGCACACGCAUGUCAUGAGGCAGCCAUGGUAAACUAGACACAAAGUUCUGGGUCAUUGGGAGUGCCAUGCAGAAGGCUCUGAGACUAAUUCCAAUAGACUUCAUGCCCACACCCUCCAGCGGGGAGUGGGUCGCCACUAACCUCUGGGUCAUGCGUGGGUAUAUUUGACUAUAAUGUGCUGGCCAGCUCCCAGACUUUUCUUUCCUAGAUGGCUGCAGAAAUUCUCCAGCGGCCAUCAGGAAUUCAAAGUGCAAAUUGUAUUCCCACAAAAUCACCUGUCCAUAGAUUGCUGAGAUGCCCACUGAUCUUCUUUCUAGAUUGAUCCCACUUCUGGGAUGGUGAUAAAUCUGGAGGAGUUGAAAGCAUUCAUGAAGGUAAAGAUGCUGGAUUGUGCCUGGGUGAUUCUUGGCUGAAACUGUAAACACAAAGGGGAGGGCAAUGGUUCUCUAGCCCAAAUCUGCUCAGCACUUCCCAGCUUUCCAACUCUCAUAAGGUUGAUGACUGCUGUUUAUUAGAAAAAGACCUCACAUAACCCAGCUUUCAUUCUGAGAGCGCAAGCGGUCAAUCACAAAGUCUGUUCAAGGACUUGCAAACCAGCAGCUGGCAUGUCUGUUUGAAAUGCAAACUAAAACCUUUUGCAAUUUCAGUCAGCCUAGUGAGCCAUCUAUUUUUAUUUUGCCUUGCGGGGAAGAAGAGAGGGAAGGACAUUGGAGAAAUGAGCAUAUACUAAGAAUGUCGGAAGAAAACUAUUCAGUCAGAUGAAAGGUUCCAUCUGUUUUAGCAAUUCUUGUUUCCCAGAGUGACUCUACCAAAUGUCCCAAUGGGAAACAUGUAAGUAAGACAUGAGGAUAACUGCCUUUUCUAGCUCAUGUUCCCAAGCAUGCUGAACCUGAAGGUAACAUAUAGCCAUCAUAACUAGUAGCUUUAAAAGCAUCCCAAUCUAGGGACCAUCAUUAUAUCUUGUUGCAGUGAAUUUCAUGUUAACUCAGGGAAAUGUUUGGCCUACCAGACAUGGCUGAUAGGAGUUGCAGUUCAGCCACACCUGGAGAGCCAAAGGUUCCCCACCCCCGAGUUAACUCAUAUGUGCAUAAGGGAAAUAACAAUUAUUUUAACAAUCCUGCUAUGCCACAAAGUAAAACUGAUUAAUCAAAAUAUUGCUGUUGGUUUGCUUGCUUUUCAAAGUACCAAGGAAUAGGUUCAGCAAAAAAACUCUUCUGUGAUACAGGGCCUUGCAUGUAUUUUGCAGUCAUACCACACAAAUUCAUAAUUUGGUGCUGAACAUAAAGUUCAGCAUUCUAAGACCCAGUUUUUUAAAAUAAAUAAAUGCUGGUUCCUAUCCUUUGUGGCCCUAUUAGGCUUGAAUAUAUUUGGUGAACUCUCCAAAGUUAAAGCAGAGGGGGAGGAGGAGAUUGGGGGUAACAUUUUCUUCCACUGAUGAUAAUAAUUCAAUACUCUAUACAUAGCUUUUUGCCCUGUAGCAAAAAUAAAAGCAGAAUUCCUCGCACACUGCCCAAAGCCAGCAUGGUGUAGUGGUUAAGAGCGGAGGACUCGUAAUCUGGUGAAGCGGGUUCGCUUCCCCGCUCCUGCACAUGCAGCUGCUGGGUGACCUUGGGCUAGUCACACUUCUCUGAAGUCUCUCAGCCUCCCUCACCUCACAGAGUAUUUGUUGUGGGGGAGGAAGGGAAAGGAGAUUGUUAGCCGCUUUGAGACUCUUUAAGGGGAGUGAAAGGCGGGAUAUCAAGUCCAAACUCCUCUUCUUCAAAGCAAGUACUCAUAUUCAUAUAGGCUUAUAUGAAUAUCCCUAUAGGCACAUUCAUAUAGUACGUUCAAACUGAAGAAUUAAAUUAUUCUUGGUGUAAGAUUUUGGCUUGUCUUGGUGCAGAAUUCUUCAACAGAGUUCUGUGGAAACUAAAUGAAUUUAUAAUAGUUAACUGCUCUUUGCUACUCACUUCGCAUCCUUUGCCUUAUCUUGCUUAGUAUCCUUUUCUGCCCUUCCCCAGGAAGCCAUCACAAAGCCCCUUGACAAAAAGGAUCUUGACCGAGAUGUCUCCUACUUUACCAACAUUGUAAGGUAAGAAACCAGGAUGAUGCUCACGAUAAUGAUAGUCAUAUACCUUACCCACUGUCAGUAGUGGACCACGGGGUCUCAAAUUUCAGCAGCGCCCUGUGCAACACCAAAAUUUGGUGCCCUCCCCCAACCUUCGCCUUCCAUUCUACAACAUAGUUGCAGUGCCCCCCAAGGCUCUGCACCCAGUGUGAUCCCUGUGAGGUUCCUGGGAGGGUUAUAACAAUUUAAAAUUCACUAUUAAAAAGAGUUAAAACAAAUCACAGGAAUAGUUCAACUGUGUUCAAUUUUUGUCCAGCUCUCACAUCUUUUAUUAAAGCCUCAGCAAACCACUCGCCACUUUCUCUUGUGUUCCUCUAAGUCGCAUGCAAGAAAGAUGCAGACAAGCCUAAUGCCCUGAUUCUGUCUCUGUCAAAUCUCCAGCACAACCGAGAAUCUCGCUGUAUUCAUCUGGGAGAACCUCCAAAAGCACUUGCCUGCAACGGCUCUUCAUAAAAUAAAACUCUACGAUACAGAUGAGAGCAGCGUUGUCUAUAGGGGAGAAAUGCCAGCUCCAUCGACUGUCGUGAACGCCUGCAAAAUGCCCCCCACAGAUGACCAAAGGAAGCUUUGUAGCAGUCCUAAAAAUAUGUAACUGCUGGUCACGAUUGCGCCCUUCCUGCCAUGUGCUCCAUUUGUGGGCUUGGGGAAAAUCCACUGAUCCUUCACAGGUUACAAAGUCUGAACCCACAGGCAUGUCCAGCACUUACAUGUAUUAAUGCGCACACUGCCAAGGGGUUUAGAAUCUUUGGCUAGAGUUAUGGUGUGCAUCCAUUAUGAGUGAAUUUUCCUCUAACCCAAUGCUCACAAGAGGUUCGUAUACAAAAGUAAUAAAAAAAGUUUGGUUUAUGAUAUGGAAUGAAAGUGAGAGAAUAUAUAACUGCUGCUUCAGACAGCAAAAUUUAAAUUUAAGCAGCCAGCAAACCCUACAGUACAUAGACACCUUGAUUUAAAGAGUGAAAGAAUCCCUAACUAUUCUCAAAAGCCUACAGAAAGUGAGUGGAAAGUGACAAUUUUGCCACUGAACCCCACGCUAAUAGCAAGUCAAGGAAUGAAGAGGGAAGAGUAUACCUGUACUUAAGGGCAAAACAUAUGAUGUAAAGAGUGUGACUAGGUUCGUUAUUGGACCUUGGAGCACUAACAAACCACUGAGAAUAUGAGGUUUUUGUAUUAAUUUUAGCCAGUGCAAUCUAAUGAAAACGGGAAGCGG